AUGGGCACCAUCUGUCCCAGUGCCGGCGCUCGCGUGGCACCUUUGUUGCGCGCGCGCAUGCUUUCCACCCGGACGCGAGCCAUGGUGGCACAAAGCAGCCGCAGCGCAGCGCCGGGACCUGCCUGGAAACAGAAGGCUCCGCUCGGGCCAGGCACCGCGCCGACCGGCGCACGCGGCGGCGGCCACACCGUCGCGCGUUCUCACGGUCUGAGCCACCCGAUCCAGAACGAAGUGCUCACCUACGACGACACGAGCAUGUUCCCGUUCCGCGACGACUUCAGCAUCAACGGGAAGAGCAUCGACGCCGACGCCGUCAUCGGCAUGAUGUCGCGUUUUAUGUCGGAGGAGCGCAUGGAGCGCAUCAGGCGGGUGGCGGACCUGCGGACCUUCAGUGUGGUGCCUGUGCUGGAGGGGUGCCACGACCUGGGGAACAUGGCCGCGGUGGCGCGGUCCGCGGACGCACUGGGGUUCGGCGCGAUGCACGUGAUCCACAACGAAGGCAACAAAUUCAAGCAGACGAACCGCGUGUCCCGCGGCUCGGAGAAGUGGGUGCGGAUUCAGGCGUGGGGGGAGUCGCAUGAGUGUCUGACGCACCUGAAGGAGAUUGGGUACCGCGUGCUGGUGACGCACCUGAGCGAGAACACGAUGGAGCUGCACGACGUGGACUGGUCGAUACCGACGGCGGUCGUGCUGGGCAACGAGCACGACGGCGUGACGCCCGAGGCGCUGGCGCUGGCGGACGGCAGCGUGAAGAUCCCCAUGGUCGGCAUGGUGGAGUCGUUCAACAUCAGCGUGGCGGCGGCGCUGGUCCUGUACGAGGCGCGGCAGUCGCGCAUCGACAAGCUGGGGUGCUCCGGGGACCUGACGGACGAGCAGAAGCGGGUGCUGCACGCGGUGAUGGCGCUGCGGCACCGGCACGAGGGCGUGCCGUUCCUGGAGGCGAUCCUGCACCGCGCGGAGGAGCAGGGCGUGCUCGUGAUGGACCGCAGGCGGCGCUGGCAGAUCAUGGAGACGGGCGAGAAGAAGGGGUAUGCCGCAGCCAUGCGGAAGCUCGAGGAGCUCGGGACCGGGCAGCCGCGCAACAACGUGCGGUGA